UAAGAGGCCCAGUUGGCUAUCGCCGCCCACGGUGUGGGUUUCUUUCUUUUUCCCUAGCUCUUUUUCCUCCUCUGGAUUAUGUCUCCUAAACUGAUGCUUUCGUCCACUACACUCCUUGGCCCUGAAGUCCAACAUUGACGGUCGACAGCCUGAUCUCAGCCAGGGUCUAGCCAGUAAUCCCAUAAAGGCCAUGGCUCACCAAUUAUCUUCUUAGUACGAGACACGUUCUUCCCCAUUCAUGGCACUUUCUUGGAAGACAAACUAUCCAGCUUGGCAGAUAAGCCAUUCAGUUGCCUGGGGUCGACCGAAAGUUUGCAUAAUGCGAAUGCGGCAUAGCUAAAAACUGCCCCACUCCCCAGCUUACCCCUUACAAUUCGUAUAUAUUGCAAACCUUUUCCUCGCUUCUACUAUUGACACCUCAUCGUUAUAGUAUCUCUUGUGAAUACCCAAUUUUUGGUUCGCAUUACUUUGUUUAAAGAUCAAAAUGGGCAAGGACUGCUGCCACUCGGAGUCUGUCCAUGACGAAGAACUCCCUGCUCGCCAUAGUUCUACAAAUGCUGCUCAGAACGAGCUCUGCACUGAAGGCACCAAGUGUGAUGAUGCGUGCAUUCAGGCGGCUGCAUUGUAUGAAUGCCGGCAAGAACCCCAUCCUGAUAUAGUCGGAAAUUCGGGUGGAUGCAAAGCACCCACUUGUUCGGAAGCUGGUCUUCAUGACGAUGCCGCCGGCGAGCCUUGCUACGGACGUACUCUACCCGCCAUCGAGGGAUCUAUAGCGCAGGGAGUCCCAACGGUUCAGGGCCGCUGUGGGUCCAGUGAGGACUCUGGAUCCCUUAAGAUACACGAUCACCGCCCUCCCUCCCUUGCCGAGCGAUUCGGGGAAGCCUGUUCUUUUCAUCUCGAGAACGCAUUCCGCAAAUAUGCCGCUUAUAUCGAAACCGGUCGCUGUAUCUGCCGCAGUGUACUUUCUCAAGCUCCACCAGCCUGCGGCAAUGAAUGUGACCCAACCACGAAGAUACCUAAGGUUCCAGGGCCCUGUCUGGCUUCUGCAAAGAGUAGUGCUGUUGCACCCCCGGACUCGGCGAGGAAACGCGCGUGCUGUACGGGUGCAGGUAGACGGGAGGCUGUGCGUGCAGACGAUGGCCCUCAUUGUACGAAUGACUUGCUCGCAUCCGCUACUCCGUGUUCCACGGCCUUCUUGGCGAGCGAUCAAAUAAUUGGCGACGUGGAGAAAGCUAACGCCCGAGAAAACGUUCGCUUGCGCAUCCUUGGUAUGACCUGCACCGGCUGCGCGGGGAAAGCCGCGAAAACCCUCAGACAGAUCGACGGCGUCACUCGUGCUGAAGUAACAUUUAUUUCCUCCACUGGAGACAUCGAUAUUAAUCCACAGGUAGUCUCCGCCGAGACUAUUAUGCAAAAAAUAGAGCAGUACACGGGCUUCAAAGCAUCUCGCGUCAUUCAGGAUAACCAGUGUUUGGAUGUCAUCUUGCCUGCUGUUACUAUGAAGCAGUUCCAAGACGAUCUGCCACUGGGCAUUUGCGAAGUAUCCAAGAAUCAAGGUUCGUAUCGCGUCUCCUUCGACCCUAAUAUUAUUGGAGCUCGUGCAGUGCUUGCAGCGACCGGGGGUGGCGAGCUUGCGCCGCCUAGCGGUGAUGGUGCUCUUGCUGAAAGCAAAAAGCAUCUUUGGGACAUGCUCUGGUCGACCCUUAUAGCGGCUGUGCUUACCAUUCCGGUCUUGGUACUUGCUUGGGGAGAUGUUGAUAUCUCAUAUAGUGCCAAGUCGGUUACAUCUCUUGUUUUUGCAACCUUUGUGCAGGCUCUUGCAGUCCGAGAGUUCUAUAUCCGCGCACUCAAGUCCUUGAUCUUUAGCCGCGUUAUCGAGAUGGACAUGCUGAUUGUCAUCAGCAUCAGUGCUGCAUUCAUCUACUCGGUAGUGGCCUUUGGGCUUACGCAUGCCGGUUACGACCUCGAAAUUACUGAAUUUUUUGAAACCAGCACGUUGCUGAUCACGCUUGUCCUCUUCGGGCGACUUAUGGCGGCGUUUGCCAAAGCAAAGGCUGUUUCUGCGGUCUCUAUGCGGUCUCUUCAAUCUCGAACGGCACUCUGCGUUGAUCCCCGGACUGGUGAGGUUUCUGAAAUUGACGCCCGCCUGUUGGAGCUUGGCGACAAGGUCCUUGUUCGGCCUCACUCGAAUGUUGUCACAGAUGGAAUCGUUGUGGACGGUGAAGGGGAAGUCGACGAGUCGAUGCUUACCGGAGAGACUCUGGCAGUCGCCAAACGCACUGGUGAUUCUGUGAUCGCGGGAACAGUCAACGGCCCGAGUCCCCUGACCAUCAGCAUCACUCGACUCCCAGGCAAGAAUAGCAUUAGUGAUAUUGCUAACCUGGUCGAGAACGCCCUUGCUGCUAAGCCACGUGUUCAGGACCUAGCAGACAAGGUUGCCAGCUGGUUUGUCCCGGUUGUUGUGAGCAUCUCGGCUAUUGUGUUGAUAGUUUGGCUCGUCGUCGCUCUGAAAAUCCGCGGUCGGGAUGCAGGUGGUUCAAUUGGUAUGGCAAUUAGUUACUGCAUAGCCGUGUUGGCUGUUUCUUGCCCGUGUGCACUUGGCCUGGCAGUUCCAAUGGUCCUUGUUAUCGCUGGCGGAGUCGCUGCUCAGGCUGGUGUUAUUAUAAGGCAGGCCGAUGCGAUCGAGCGGAGCUACAAGGUCCGCGACGUGAUUUUCGACAAGACCGGCACUCUGACCACAGGUGACAUGGAAGUCGCAGAGGAGCGAUUUUUCCCCGCGAAGCUCUCUGAGAAGGAGGUUCAAUCUCUCGUGUACGGGCUUGUCAAAGAUGCCGAUCAUCCUGUCUCCAGGGCCGUGGCAAAUUACCUGCAAAGGAGCACAACCAACCCCGCUGGUGAUAUCGACAGCGUGAAAAGCAUUCCUGGUUGCGGUAUCCAAGCUUCAUGGCGGGCCUCGACGGUCCUUGCAGGUAACCCUUACUGGCUCAACAUCGAGAGAGAACCCAAGGUUGCGGUUCUCAUUCAGCGAGGCCUCACACUCUUAUGUGUCACGCUCGACUCGCAACCUAUUGCCGCUUUCGGACUAAGCAGCAUCAUCCGCCCUGAGGCAAACACGGUAGUCGACAUCAUGCACCGCAGGGGUAUCACUUGCCACAUUGUCAGCGGAGACGGGGCCCUAGCGGUUGCCCAGGUCGCCCAAUCCGUCAAUAUUCCACUUGAAAACGUCAUGUCGCGACAUUCUCCCUCUCAAAAGCAAGAGUAUGUCAAAAGACUCAUGGAUGAAGGAAAGGCAGUCUUAUUUUGCGGUGAUGGAACAAACGACGCCGUCGCUGUUGCGCAGGCCAAUGUUGGAGUCCAAAUUGGGUCGACCUCCGAUAUCACUCGGGGCACAGCCGAUGUUGUGCUGAUGGGAGGCCUUGAGGGCAUCCUAAUCCUUCUGGACGGUUCAAAGAGAGCGUUUCACCGCAUAUUCUUUAACUUUGUCUGGUCCGCUAUUUACAACAUCUUUGCCAUCCUGCUUGCGUCUGGGGCCUUUGUUAGGGUCAGGAUUCCGCCGGCGUAUGCGGGGGUGGGCGAGAUUGUGAGUGUCUUGCCAGUCAUCUUUGCGUCGUUAACUUUGGCAAUUGGUAACUCCGCUCGGAAGGCGUAGUUUUAUAGCUGCAGUCGCAGCCAACAUUACCUAACAGGAUUCAACAUCCUGUUUUCUGGACUCGGUGGAAUGUGUUUAGUUGUGGCACAGUAUAUUUCAAUUAUGGCUCAGUAGUUGAUUUGUUUGAAUGUUAGAGUUGAGCACUGCUCACAUACCUGAGCAUCCUUCAAGGACUGGGGCAACAAGGUAGUAUAUGGGCGACUUUCGAUAUACAACAUGGCGAUGGCGAUCACGGACGAAGGAUGAAAUCUACAGUCAUUCGGGAGUCCGCGACGAUAUGAAGCGAGACUAGCUUGUGAAAGCAAUCAACAGGAGGCCCCCUUUAUUUCUAAUUAUUCUGUGAGAGUAGCAGAGCAAUAUUUUGAAACAGUUGAAUCCCAGUUGCUAUUCACGAGUUGAAAGAAAAAAAAAUCAAGCAGACUUGGUCAAAUUAGAAUACAGCUAGUUGGUUUAUCCAGCCAUCGAAUCGUAAUCUUAUUACGUCGCC